GUCUUCAAAGUAACACGGAUUAGACACACGCAGUUUUCUUUACGUAAUCAUGCCUGCGUACCUGUGAUUGUAGUGACAGACUGAAAUUGUGUUUUCCCGGGACUUUUGUAUGUGCUAGAACUGAUUCGGUGUUUAGAGGCGCAAUAUCUCCUCUGUUCCCGAUUCUGCGUCAAUGGCUGUAUCAACAUUGAAUAUGACCCCAUAUUUUACGGGAUAUUCUUUUCAAGGGCAAGGACGAAUGAAUCAAUUAGGCGGAGUGUUCAUCAACGGGCGGCCUUUGCCGAACCACAUCAGGCUAAAAAUUGUGGAGAUGGCAGCGGCGGGCGUGAGGCCUUGCGUUAUCUCACGUCAAUUGCGUGUCUCGCACGGCUGUGUUUCAAAAAUACUCAACAGAUAUCAGGAAACUGGUUCGAUCCGCCCUGGUGUAAUCGGAGGAUCAAAACCAAGGGUAGCGACGCCGGAAGUUGAAAACAGGAUAGAAGAACUGAAGAGACAAAACCCAGGUAUAUUUUCCUGGGAAAUUAGAGAUAAAUUAAUAAAAGAAGGCAUUUGUGAUAAAAAUACAGCCCCGUCAGUCAGUUCGAUUUCGCGACUAAUAAGAGGAGGCAAAAUGGAUGAAUCAGACCCUAGAAGAAACCACAGUAUUGAUGGUAUUCUAGGUCCAUCAUCUUGCGAAGACUCAGAUACUGAAUCAGAACCAGGCAUCACGUUGAAGAGGAAACAGAGAAGGUCAAGAACUACCUUCUCCGGAGACCAGCUUGAAGCUUUAGAGAGAGCGUUUACAAGGACUCAAUAUCCAGAUGUUUAUACACGCGAGGAGUUGGCGCAAAAGACGAAACUGACCGAAGCUCGAGUUCAGGUCUGGUUCUCUAACCGAAGAGCUCGUCUCCGCAAGCAACUGAAUUCUCAACAACUAAGCGCUUUCAACACUAUGUCCUUACAAUCCGCUUUCCCAUCCGUCCACCAGCAAUAUGAACCACCUUCUACAUUUAAUGCUCAAUGUCCGUCAUGGCAACAAUCUUAUUCGUCUGCAUUGGGUACAAGUUCUGUUCUCAACUCUGCAUUAGCACCUUCUCUGCAUCAAUCAGCGUUAAGUGCACCUUCAGUAUGCCAGUCAGCCCUAGCUGCAUCAUCCUUACAUCCUCCGACUUCUACCUCGUUCUCGUCAGGAAAUUUAACUCCUCUCUCACACGCAUCUGAACUUCCAACGCCUUUGCAAGCGUCAUCUGAUAUCACUCCUCCCAGUUCUAGCCCAACAUCGGCAAGCCCUUCAGCCAAUCAGAGUGGUGGAAUAACCUACCAACAUCCCACCUACGCAAAUGGGAGUGAAGCUCUCAGCCAUCCGUAUGGAUACAGUGACUACGCGAAACAAGAAAUGUCUGCCCAUAACCACUGGUCAUCAAGACAACUCAGCGGGCAUCCACAAAACAAACUACCCGAAGUCAGCCCAUGGCCAGAAAAUUAUAGUUCGUUUUUUGGUACUAACCCCUCACACUAUGCAUCACACGCUCACUCUCCGAGCGAAGCAAAAUCUGGAUACCCCUACAUUGGACAACUCGGAGGCAUGGAUAUGGGAAGAGUGCAUUGAAUAAAACAUUUUAUUAUUAGUUAAUUCAGUUAUUAUUUGUGAUUUUGUACUGUUGACGAUUUAUAUAACAGAAUUUGAAUAUUUGCAUAAUUUUCUGAUGAAAAAGAUUAACUAAGAAGUUUAUGAAGUGUGUAAAUGCGAGGGCAAGUCCUGACUGCCUUUUUGGUCAAAACAAGUGAAAUGUUUAACUAUUACGAUGGCCGUAAAGAUUAUUGGCGCGAGAGUGUAGUACACUCGUUUAAUUAUUUUUCAUAAAGCUAACAGUCUCUAGCAAUGACAUGAAUAGACAAAUAAAAGGUCGUAUUAUGUACCUACCUGUGUAGUAAAUAGAUAUAGUAAACAUAAACCCUAAGUGAAUUUUAUAUUUACAUACAAUUCAAUGCUUUGUACGAUCCUGGCGCAACAUGUACCUACGGUUCAACAAUGUUUUCCAUUCUACUCACACCGAUCGUCGAUCAAAGGUUUAUGGUGCAAGUAACUACAGUGAGGGCUACUCGCACCGCUGCGUUCUACCUACGUCCUUAGUGGCGUUCAAGUAUGCGUCCAGCGUGCGAUGACAAAGAGCUUGCGUUCACCAGGAGUCCUGUGAUUGUCGCUUGUGAUACAAGUCGGUCGCCGCGCUUAGGACUUGUCUUAAAAACUAAAAGAUAUCAGUACAAAAGAAGAAAAAGACACAAGCAACAAUAUUUAUAAUAAGUAGGUUUUUCUAUAUAAGUGUUGCAUGGGGCACCACAACAGUUUACACAGUUGCUGUCGAGUUGCGUUGUCGGCGAAUGUAUGCGUUUCACGCUAUUGAACAUUGGCAAACGAUUUACUGUGAUGGUUUUUGAUCACAGAAAGGGUACGAUGUUCCAGCAGUAAUUCCAGUUCCAAUUAUUCUUAUUCAAAUUAAACACUUGUGCCUUUCGAAUUCAUAUCAAAUGAAUAAAGUAAUGGGAUAACCAAACCAACGCGUCCAACAGCGUCCAAGUUUGCUUCUUGCGACCAAUCAAUCACAAGACACUUGCUUGAACGUGUGUUUCUAGUUAUUGCUGGACGCAAUAAUUGUGGAUACCGCUAAGGACGUUGGACGCUGCGCGUUUGGCCUUCCCUUAACAAAGCAACUAUUUUCAUAUAUUAUACAUAUAAUAUUUUGAAGACUAUGAUAGGAUAAGAUUAAAUUGUAUUACGCAGCU